AUGUCUGGCAUCAUCGGAGAUCAUGGACUUGCAUCAGAGCCGAGGAAGGUGCGCUUUGCAAGGCCUCUUGGAUCCAACACAUUGGGCGAGGUGCCUGAGGACAAGUAUGAGUUUGACGAGGGUGCGGCGCAAGUGCAAAGACUUCUGCAGCGCGACAGGAAGGAGUUGACAGGCAUAGAGGAGAUCGGCGCUGGAUUCAGAACAGAGUUUGACGAGGGGCCCAGCGACAAGAAAGAGGAGGAAGAGAAGCCAAGCACAAGUGGCAGAUCAAAUGGCAGCACUCCCCCUAAAGGAGCAAGCAAAGGCGCCGUAGCUUUUGGCAAGUCUGCAGCUGCAAGUCCAUUUGGGACUCCGAAGGGGAAAUCGCCCCCACCCAAGCCCUUCACUGGUGCCGGGAAUGCAAAACUCUUCAAUGAGAUGGACAACUUGAGCCCUUACAUGGAGCCGGAUGCCAUGAUCGACCAGCCUUGGUGGAAGUCCAUAACGCUUGGGCAAGUGCUCAUCGUGCUCAGCUUCACCCUCAUCAUCAGCCUCAUGAUUGGGACCUUUGCAGUGGUCUUCAAGGCGGGAGGAAUCCACUUCAAUGAGUGA